UUCGCGCGUUAGCGCCAGUCACAAAUAUGGCGAUGACAACGAGCCAAAACGAUGUUCAGGUGCAGCAGAAAGAAGAAGGGGAAGAGGAUGAACAGUCGAUGUCCAGAUCUGACAGUGGUGAGGAUUCCCUUGAUGGCCUUUUGAGAAACCGAUGUCCCCUCACCCCUUCAAUUUCCCCUCGAAAACGGACCACCAGCCAAAGCAAAACGGAGCCUCCACUUCUGAGGACUAAUAAGAGGACCAUCUACACUGCAGGACGUCCGCCCUGGUACAAUGUUACUGGAACAACCUUUAAAGAAGCCUUUGUCAUAGGCCUGUGUGGAGGAAGUGCCUCUGGGAAAACCACCGUGGCCAAUAAGAUCAUUGAGGCUCUUGAUGUUCCCUGGGUUGUUCUGCUUUCUAUGGACUCUUUCUAUAAGGUUUUAAGCAAAGAUGCUCAAGAGCUGGCUGCCAAAAAUGAGUACAACUUCGAUCAUCCUGAUGCCUUUGAUUUUGAGCUGCUGGUGACUGUGUUGAGAAAACUGAAAAAGGGCAAAAGCAUUAAAGUGCCUGUUUACGACUUCACUACGCAUAGCCGUCGCAAAGAGUGGAAAACCGUCUAUGGUGCCAAUGUUGUGAUCUUUGAGGGAAUCUUGGCUUUUGCCAACAAGGAGCUUUUAAAGCUGCUAGACAUGAAGGUGUUUGUUGACACAGACUCCGACAUCCGGCUGGUCAGACGUCUGAAAAGGGACAUUACUGAUCGCGGACGUGACAUUUCAGGUGUCAUUAAACAGUACAACAAAUUUGUCAAGCCGGCGUUCGAGCAGUACAUCGAACCCACUGUGCAGGUUGCAGAUAUUGUGGUCCCAAGAGGUGGAGAAAACUUUGUAGCCUUGGAUCUAAUAGUUCAGCACGUUCACAGUCAGCUGGAAAAGAGGAAACUCCGCUGGGAUAUAUCAGCCCUGGCUUCUGCCCAUCAGGGUCAACCUCUGCCCAAAACCUUAAGUGUCAUGGAGAGUACACCGCAGGUCAGAGGAAUGCACACUAUUAUCAGGAAUAAAGAAACCAGUCGGGAUGAAUUUAUUUUCUAUUCAAAGAGAUUAAUGAGGCUCCUCAUCGAGCACGCUCUGUCCUUCCUGCCGCUGAAGCCGGUGACUGUUGAAACUCCUCAAGGAACUGUAUAUGAAGGGAAGAGGCUGAGCGGGAAAAGGAUCACCGGUGUGUCCAUUCUGCGGGCAGGAGAGACCAUGGAACAGGCCUUGAUGGCUGUUUGUAAGGACAUUCGACUGGGAAAGAUCCUCAUCCAGACCAAUCAUGACACAGGAGAGCCUGAGCUCCAUUACCUGCGUCUGCCCAAGGACAUCAGUGAGGACUAUGUCAUCCUGAUGGACAGCACCGUUUCCACAGGAGCCGCCGCUCUUAUGGCUGUCAGAGUCUUACUGGAUCACGAUGUCCAGGAGGACAAAAUCUUCCUGCUGUCUCUGCUCAUGGCGGAGAUGGGGGUUCAUUCAGUGGCCUACGCUUUUCCCAAAGUGCGCAUCAUCACCACCGCCGUCGACAAGAAGGUCAACGAUGAGUUUCACAUCAUUCCAGGAAUAGGUAAUUUUGGGGACCGUUACUUUGGGACCGAUGCUCCUUCAGACUGCUAUGAAAGCGAUGAGGGAAUGGACUACUGAGGUUAUACGUGAGCGACUGUAUCCGCAUGCAAUGGAGAAGGGAACUUUUAAGCACUUAAUCUCUUGAUUGCUCUAUUUAAACAUAAGCCUUAGCCGCCUCUUGCUGCUGGUUUGAUUUGCUACACACAUUCAAUGCAGGCCAAAACAUCAACAGAUCCUGAUUUUGAAUAUUAUUUGACCAUUAGUGACGCUACAAUUUGAACAUUUUUCAUUUGAAAUGGGAAAUGAGCGGACUUAUUUCACUAGUUUCUUUAUUGGUGUGCUUGAAAUGGUGAAACUGUUUUAUAGUAUGACUAUACAGUUUUAUACUGUGCAAAUCACGGUAUAUAAAUAAUUGCUUGUGAAUGUGAGAUGACUUCAUGUCAUCUUGUAUGGCGUACAUGUGCAUUUGAAGUGUGUUUUUGAGCAAAUUAUCCGAAAUGAGGAAACAUUUACCUCUAGCUCAAGUUUCAUCUGCCUUUAUUAAAGCAUUGCUAAUAAUUUGCAUACAUGUUACAAUAUAGAAUCUUUGUAAAAUUUGAAGAUAUUGUUGCUUUACUGCAUUACUGUAGCUCUGAUUGUGAACAAUAUUGUUUUCUUUUUCUAAUUCAUUCAUGUCUUGAAGGCUGAAGUGGAUGUUAAAUGUCUUUUCUAUUAUUAUUAUUUUUUGUUGUAUAUAAAAAAUGUGGGAAAUUAAUGAAAAAAUUAGUCCAAAGGAUUAUUAUUUGCUUAUCAUUUAGCACUACAGUGCCACAGAGAGAACCCAAACUAGGUUUAAAAUUUGAAUUGCAACCAUUUUCUGUUAAAUACUUGAAUUUUAAAGAGUGUAUAGUGUUUAUUUAUUUUUUUCACUGCUUUACUUGUCAUGACUGAUUAAGUGGCAUUGAUCAGCUAUGAGAAAAUUUGAGAAAUAAUUACAAGAAACUUUGUGAAGGUCUUAAAUCAAAAGAGAGAUUGAAUCAGCCAUUGCUUUCGAUAGUGACAGUAAUCAUAUGCAUAAAACAAUCUGUGAUACACUUAAGUUUACAUGAUCAAACAAUAGAAGUUGAUCACAGCUUCCACCUAGAGAGGAGUGUUGCACGUUAUUUAAUAGAAAAUUGAUUUGUCUGUUUGGUCCCACUUGUCAAAAUGUAACUCGGAAAUGUACAUCUUUGUCUCAGGACUCUUAGUGUAAUAUGUCUUAUUGUAGUUUGUGCUUUUCUAUUUUAACUGACCUGUUUUUGUUUUGUGUACAGUCAUUUUAUAGUUUGGUUAUGGCUGAUUUUAAAUAAGGCACAGUCAAAUCUCAGUUAAGGAUUCAGAUUUCACGACCUUUUGCCAUUUAAAAUACCUUUCUUCUCGGUAUAUCUAUCGAAAAAUGUGUAGUAAAUGGUGUGUGUGUGUGUGUGUGGGAUUCUCAUGGUUUAUCCGUUUACAAGCUUCAAACUGACCUCCAGAGCUGCAAGCCAUUCCACUUACAGUAUGAACAUUUUGUGUCUCUAUUGAAAGCGCAAUAAAAUAUCUUGUGCUUAACUAAAA